AGCCACGUCUUAUACAGCAUUGUCAUCAUAACAUCUUUGCAGACGUUGUUUGUUUAACAGAGAUGUCCGGCUUGUUUGUCUGCAUGAUUCACUUACGUCUUCACUCUGUCCUCUUCUCCUGGGACAUUCUUUACUGUUCUGUCUGAGACUCACUCUGCAUUCAAACAGUGGCCUCACAUAAUUACUAACCCGACUGAAUUCUACCAAGGUCACAGCUGGCCAUCAAUCCUCAAACAUUAAAAAAAAAAUAGUGGCACACUCAUCAUACACACACAUACGCACGCACGCACACACUAAACUCAAGUAUGCCAACAUUUGUACCAUUUGUACACAUGAGAUCAUCACAUCUUGUGCAGAGAGAAGUCUUGUGAUAAACACAACCGCACACGCAUACUGCCACGUUGAGCAGGUUAUUGUAUCCUAGCAACAGAGGCAGCCAUCGACUGCUCUGGGUUUUUGUGUGUGUGUGUUUUUUUCCCUGUCCAGCGCAGGAGCAGUGAAGCCAAACCUCCUUCUGCUUUCUCCGUCUGCUCGUGCACUUGUGUUUACUCCACUUCAGCUCUGCCUCUGCUUUUCUCUGUCUCUCAUCAUCGCAUUGACCUUCUCUUUCACUCAGGCAGUCAGAAUGAAGAGCCUGCAGAUUAAACACAGGAGACUUUCGUUUAAGAGAGCAGAGUAAACCAUGCCAAGAUUUGACCAGCAGGCGAUGUCUCUGUCUGGAGAAACAACCACUGUUAUUUGUGUUUUGUAAAAUAUUUGUAGCAUACUGAACACUGGUACUGUACUAUUUUUUUUAUUCCUGACAAGCUGGAUUUGUGAGAACAAAAGAUGCACACUCCAGCCUCCAUGGUGAUGGGGAUCGUUUUUGCCCCCUUGGGUUUGGUCCUAGUCUUCACUGCUGCCAUCACCCCCCAGUGGAGAGAGGGACAGGCACAUUUGGGAAUGGCAGGACCGGGAAGUCUGCUCCGGUCAGGAACAAAAAGUCAUGGGACCAGGUCCAGUUCAGUGGAGGCACUGAUCUUGUUGCGCUCUGAUGGACUAUGGGAGAGCUGCCUGCAGGUGGAGCGCUCUGACUUGAGGCAGUGCUGGCCUGUGGCUGGUCCGUAUCAGAGAGACCCCAGGGUUCGUCUGGCACAGGGUUUGGUGCUAACCUCAUUGUUCCUGUGCGGCACUGGCAUUCUCCUGGCUUGCAUCGGGGUCCGGUGCUGGGCAGAUCUCCCUCUAAGAGGUGUAGCAGCCUCAGGAGGACUUCUGGUGGUGACAGCAGGGCUGCUGAGCCUGACUGCGUUAGGGGUUUACACCCACAACCUUAAAAGACUCGGGAUGGAUCCAAGUCAAAGGAUUCAUAACCCACGGUACCCACACCUCAACUUGCAUCCAGCUGGCUCGCUUUACUUUGGGUGGCUGGGUUCGUGUCUACAGGUGUUGGGAGGCGCCGCUUUGCUUUUCAGUUUCAAACGACCACGAUGCCCAACCUGCCCAUCUAGGCAUGAGCUUUCUGUGUCUCCCUGCCACUCAUGUCCAGAAAUGACCAACAAGCCUGACAUGGAUGUAUAUGAAGUUAGUUGUUAGAAGCUUGUCCAACAUUUUAAACUUUAAGAAAGCGUGGACAGAAAAGAGAAAAAAAAAUAGCAUU